AUGGAGUCUUACAAGGAGUUGACUUGUGAGUUUUUGGCGUCGAUGAAGCAUCACGAGUUUGAUGAGCUCGAUCGAGCUGAGUUGGACCAAGGCUGGGGGUACAUAACUUUCUUAGCAAAGGGAGAGAAGAAGAUGGUGACCUUUAGGCAGCUUGAGAUACUGUUUGGGUUCACCUAUGGAGAAGCCUAUCAUCUCACGCACAAGGAUGGGAAGAAGAUCAGAGGAGAUAGGGCACACGCAGGGAAUCUCAUGCCUCUCCUUGAGCAGCUCCAAGCCUACAAGGUCACAGCUUACAACACUAGGCACCAAAGAGGAAGAAAGCUUAGUGUUGGAGGGGUGAUCACACCAAUUCUUUGUGCAGCAGGAGUUCAAGUGGACAAGAGAAGGUCUACUCCACCAGGUUGGAUGGACAUCAAGUUUUGCAAGACCAACCUCCUCAUUGAGCACAAGGAGUUGGAUGGGAGAUUCCAAUUCAAGUUCACCAUCCAUUGGCUGGACCCUCCAAGCUUCUUCUGCCCAACCCUGAGCUCACCACGGUCCUAG